UAGAUUAUUUUUUGUUCGAUGUUGUAAAGGUAUAUCGAUUUAUCGUAGUUUUUAGAACAUCGUAUACUAUCGAUAGUGUCAUCGACGUGCUCACAGCUGUGCCGCAGCAGCAGAAAUUGAAGAGAAACAUUUUACGAUGGGCAACGCUCUGGACCACUACAUGAAGCCGGAUGUGGUGCCCGGCCCCGAUGUGGUGACCACCUUCGAUCCCAUGCUCGGCUUCGAGUCGCGCAAGGAGCGUGUGAUGAUCGCCACCCAGGAGGAGAUGGAGUCUGCCAAGCUGCCGCUGGACGCGCGUGACUACUGUGCGCAUUUGGCCAUCGCCUAUCAGGCGUGUCGCACCGACAAGUUUCCCUUUGUGUACCAGUGCGCCCACCAGAAGCACGAGUACCUCACCUGCGAGUACGAAGACUAUGUGCUGCGCAUGAAGGAGUUCGAGCGGGAACGUCGUCUGCUGGAGCGUCAGAAGCGCCUGAACAAGGCCGCCUAGGCUGGGACCAGCUCCGCCUGUCGUCUGCUGCUCUAGCUCCAGCUCCUCUUUCCGCGCCCACGGACACACACACACAAACACACCAUCAUUCGGCAGCAGAAGCCACUGUGGUCGUCGCUGCCGCCGCCUGUUGCAAGCUUUCUUUCCAGUGGAAAUAAACACCAAGCUAGUAAUGAUGCGGAUAUGCUUACCCCUUUUUUUUUUGUCUAAUAAUUAGUGCAAAUUAAACGAUUAAAACAAAAAAGAAAACGUGAAUCCUGGUGAGGAGUCCUCGAGGAGUGCGGACUGGAGGAGUUUAUAUUAGUUUUUAGUAAAAAAAAAACAUGUUUCCAAGGGAAGCAUACAAAUUAAACUAUUGGAACUGA